AUGCGCGCCGCUUCCGUACUCGCCCUUGGCACACUAGCCCUACUCAGUGUCGUGUCCGCUGCGGAGACCCAGACGACUCCCACUCCGGUAACGAAGCUGCGCGUCGAGACGAAUAGCCCGACUCUGCCGCCCAACGCACCAACACCGGCACCGGCACCUCAGUACGGCUUCGGCAAGAGUAACUCGGACUGCGACAACGGUUUCAUCAUGUGCGACUAA